AUGGACCCCCGGCAGCGAGCCCUGCGUGGAGACCGAGGCGGCAGAGCUAGAGCCGGAGGCGGACGUCCAUGGCGAGGCAGGGGUCAAGCCGGCGUCGGUCCCUUCCACUCGCAGAAUGGUCGGCGAGGCUUUGGCGAGCACAGGCACAACAACGGACGAGGUCCAGCUUGGCGUGACCGGCCCGUUUCAGAUACGGAUACGCAGCAGAGGCAUGUUGAUGCCCAACAUCAGGCGCCGAGUAGCGGGGAUGCGGGCGGAAGUGGAAGGAUGGAGAUCCCAGGGUACUACUUUGACGCGGAGAAGAACCGGUAUUUCAAGAUACUGGCCAACAAGAAUGUAGCUUCAUCUAGCGAAUAUACCGUCGGAGCCAUCAAAGAGAAGCAGGCGGCAGAGAAGCGUCGAAUGGUUGGAGAGGAACUCAGGACCAGGGAUCAGACUGAGCGAUCCUUCACGCGACGAAGUCGACAAGAUCACGUAUAUGGCAGUUUUUCGCUCCUGCUGCGGGAUAAGGAGUCGAACAUACAUCCCCGCAACCCAGCCGGCUGGACGGCAAGCCGUGCGUGGGAAACGAUGAUGAAGUACCUGCGCCGCCGGUCGGUGAUCAAGGAUGCUGGAGGGGAGUAUGCGGGAACUGGAUUCACCAUGCAGUCUGGCAGUAUCUCGGACUUUCAGCUUCAUCCAACACUGAACCACGCCAUUAUCGGCAGAACUGAUGGGACCAUCAGGACGAUGUCAUAUGGGCCCCCUACGAAGGGACGUCAACAUGGAACGCGCUUGGAGCAGCAUCACUCUGCGUUGAUAUCUUCUAUCCAUUACGGGAACUCUUCUCCAGAAGACGGACUCAGGGUCAUCUCAACCACCCUUGGCUACGGCGCUCGCCCGGGCACAGUCCAAGCGCACAAACUCUUCCUCCACACCCCAUCACCCUCAGACCCGACAUCACGCCCCAUCCCGCACCCCCCCACCUCCGAAUUCCGCCUAUCCCUCCGCAGAUCAAGCGCCUACACCAGCGCCAUCGCCCCGCGGUCUGGAGGCGGGACGAUUAUAAGCGUGGGCGCGGAGGGGAGGGCGGCGAUCGUGGAAGGGUGGGAAGGGCGCGCAAGUGAUCCCGUAAUGCGGUUCUUGAAUGUGCCGGACGGGACGCAUGUGCUUGCGCAGGAGUUUGGGGGGAAUGGCAACGUCAAUAUAAACGGAUGCAGAAACGGCAAUAUCUACCUCUUCGACCUCCGCGAAACCCAAACCCACCGACCCACAACGGUAGGCGCAGCCGGGGCCAUAUCACACGUCGGGACGGGGUUCUUCCCGCGUGCCCAUCAGGCGGCUGUGUGUGCGCUCAAGACGCUGGAGGGGGCGAGGUUGGUGUCGGCGGGGAUCGAUGGGUCGACGCACAUGUGGGACCUGCGCAACCACGCCACACCCAUCCUCUCCUUCGCGGGCCAAGUCAAUUCACAUUUGAUGCUUAAUUUCGCCGUCGAUGAGGGUCAACAUGUCAUUGUCGCACCCGGCGAAGACACACACAUCCGCGCCUGGUCCCUCCGCACCGGCGCCCUCCUGUCCCAAACUAUCGCCCCAGGCCCUCCUCAGGGAGCUCAAGGAGGGAAACCAGCAGGCCGCACCGUCGUCAGAUUCCAGCCUUCGUUCACGGAUAGUGGGGAAAGUGAUGGGGCGGUGUGGACGGCUAGUGGGGCGGAUUUGGAGGUUUGGCGUAUGUAG